UACAGUCCGUUUAAUUUCAUCUGCAAGAACCACGGUAAGGACCGAGAGAUGGAGUCGAUGGUCUCCUUCAUCACCGGGCCGACCCUCGCGUCGUCUUCCUCCUCUUUCUUGGAAGCACGAACCCUCCGGACCUUGUUUUCUGGCGGACGAGGAACCAGUAUUGUACAAAAGAACAUUGUUAUAGUAUCUAGGAAGUUGUCAGGACUUGAAGAGGCCAUGCGAAUCAGGAGGUCUAGGGAGCUCCAAAGUUCAGGUAAAGCAACAAAAAGGCCUCCGUUGAGACGUGGAAAAGUGUCAGGACCACUUCCAGUUCCAGAGCACAUUCUUAGACCUCCUUAUGUGGGUACAAAACUCUUGCCUGAGAUUUCUAGUGAACAUCAGAUACAUGAUGAGGAGGGUAUUGAUCGCAUGAAGGCUGCUGGUGAGCUUGCUGCACGCGUUUUAGACUUUGCAGGGACAUUAGUCAGGCCAUCAGUAACAACAGACGAGAUUGAUAAAGCAGUGCACAAGAUGAUAGUUGAUGCUGGUGCUUAUCCUUCCCCGCUUGGAUAUGGUGGUUUUCCAAAAAGUGUUUGUACAUCAGUUAAUGAAUGCAUGUGCCAUGGAAUACCUGAUUCUCGCCAGCUACAGGAUGGUGACAUAAUAAACAUAGAUGUGACAGUCUACCUGAAUGGUUACCAUGGUGACACAUCAAAAACAUUUUUAUGUGGAAAUGUUGAUGAACCUACAAAAAGACUUGUAAAGGUGACUGAAGAAUGCUUGCACAGAGCCAUAUCUAUCUGCAAAGAUGGUGUAAGCUUUAAAAAGAUCGGCAAGAAAAUUAGUGAGCUUGCUGAAAGACAUGGCUUCAGCGUGGUGGAACGUUUUGUCGGACAUGGUGUUGGGAAAGUAUUUCACUCUGAACCGAUUAUUUUGCAUCAUCGUAAUGAUAACCCUGGCUAUAUGGUUGAAGGUGAAACAUUUACCAUUGAGCCUAUUCUCACAAUGGGAAGCAUUGAGUGCAUAACAUGGGGCGACAAUUGGACUACGGUGACAGCUGAUGGCAGCCUUGCUGCUCAAUUCGAGCAUACCAUACUGAUAACCCAGAAGGGAGCAGAAAUUUUAACAAAGUAUUAGAUUAGCAUCAUUAAAUUCUCUGAUUUGUUUUUUUUACUUAUAAUUGUACUUCUAUUCCAAGAUGAUUUAUUAUAACUCUCAUGCUGCAUCCAAUGAUUCUUUUUCUCAAAGAUACUAAUAUUGGCCAACCAUCUGUAUAUUAUAAUAUGAGACCUGUGAUGCAGUCACCCGAUAAAUGUGCAUGGUUGCAUCUGUCACAA